UAUUAAUAACUUAAAUAACAACAAGCAAACUUAUUUGCCCAACAACAUUAAAAGUGCUGAUAAAGUAAAUGCCAAUAAUCUUGGUAAACUAGGUAAACCAGAUAAAAACGGAUUACUCGAGAAAAAGAAAAUGUCCGAUGAAGAAAUUAUGGAUAAAUUACGUAGCAUAGUGACCAUUGGUGAUCCUUAUAGAAAAUAUUCAGCGAUUGAAAAAAUCGGUCAAGGAGCCUCGGGUGUUGUCUAUACUGCUAUCGAAGUAUCAACAGGAAUGGAGGUUGCAAUUAAACAAAUGAAACUUGUUCAACAACCAAAUCAGAAGCUUAUAAUAAACGAAAUUUUGGUAAUGAAGGAAAAUAAGCACCCGAAUAUUGUUAAUUAUCUAGAUUCAUAUUUGGUUGGUGAUGAAUUGUGGGUUGUUAUGGAGUAUUUACCUGGUGGGUCUCUGGUAGACGUUGUUACCGAAACUUGCAUGGAUGAGGGUCAAAUUGCUGCUGUGUUAAGAGAAAUUUUACAAGCUUUGGAAUUUUUACACUCAAAUGAUGUCAUUCACCGGGAUAUUAAGUCAGAUAACAUUCUCCUUGGUAUGGAUGGCUCAGUAAAAUUAACCGAUUUUGGUUUUUGUGCUCAAAUCUCCCCUGAACAUAACAAGAGGACAACUCUUGUUGGUACACCUUAUUAGAUGGCUCCAGAAGUAGUCAACAAAAAACAGUAUGGUCCAAAAGUCGAUAUCUGGUCUUUAGGAAUAUUAGCCAUUGAAAUGAUUGAAGGAGAGCCUCCAUGUUUGAAUGAACAUCCUCUUAGGGCUCUUUAUCUGAUCGCCACCACUGGCAAACCAGAAAUUAAAGAUAAGGAUAAACUUUCAGUUUUAUUUCAAGAAUUUCUGGACAAGUGCCUCGAAGUUGAUGUGGAUAAACGAUGGUCAUCAUCAGAGCUUCUUAAAUUUUAAGGUCGCAGCCACUUGAUUAAAACUCACUAGGUAAGUGAAAAAGGAUCUUUCAUAUUGAUUUUUUGAUUUGUCUUGUUUAUUUAUUGGAUUUAUAUUAUUAUUGCCUAAUCAAU